AGAGGAGGAGGAAGAUGGCGGGAGGGCGGCUCUGAGGAGACCUCGGCGGCGGCGGAGGAGGAGAGAAGCGCAGCUCCGCGCAGCGCCGGGGCCCAUGUGGGGAGGAGUCGGAGUCGCAGUUGCCGCCGCCGCCGCCUGUAGCUGCCGGAGCCGGGUGGGAGUGAGGGGGACACGGCAGGAUGAAGUUCGCCGAGCACCUCUCCGCGCACAUCACUCCCGAGUGGAGGAAGCAGUACAUCCAGUAUGAGGCAUUCAAGGAUAUGUUGUAUUCAGCUCAGGACCAGGCACCUUCUGUCGAAGUUACAGAUGAGGAUACAGUUAAGAGAUAUUUUGCCAAGUUUGAAGAGAAGUUUUUCCAAACCUGUGAAAAGGAACUUGCCAAAAUCAACACAUUUUAUUCAGAGAAGCUGGCAGAAGCUCAGCGCAGGUUUGCUACACUUCAGAAUGAGCUUCAGUCUUCCCUGGAUGCACAGAAAGAAAGCAUUGGUGUCACUACAUUGCGACAACGCAGAAAGCCAGUCUUCCACCUGUCCCAUGAGGAGCGUGUCCAACAUAGGAAUAUUAAAGACCUUAAGCUGGCCUUCAGCGAGUUCUACCUCAGCCUCAUUCUGCUGCAGAACUAUCAGAAUCUGAAUUUUACAGGGUUUCGAAAAAUCCUUAAAAAGCAUGACAAGAUCCUGGAAACAUCUCGUGGGGCAGAUUGGCGAGUGGCUCAUGUAGAGGUGGCCCCAUUUUAUACAUGCAAGAAAAUCAACCAGCUCAUUUCUGAGACUGAGGCUGUAGUAACCAAUGAACUUGAAGAUGGUGACAGACAAAAGGCUAUGAAGCGAUUGCGUGUCCCUCCUUUGGGAGCGGCUCAGCCUGCGCCAGCAUGGACUACUUUUAGAGUUGGUCUAUUUUGUGGAAUAUUCCUUGUGUUAAAUAUUACCCUCGUGCUUGCAGCCGUAUUUAAACUUGAAACAGAUAGAACUGUAUGGCCCUUGAUAAGAAUCUAUCGGGGUGGCUUUCUUCUGAUUGAAUUCCUUUUUCUACUGGGCAUCAACACGUACGGUUGGAGACAGGCUGGAGUAAAUCAUGUCCUCAUCUUUGAACUUAAUCCAAGAAACAAUUUGUCUCAUCAGCAUCUCUUUGAGAUUGCUGGAUUCCUGGGGAUAUUAUGGUGCCUGAGCCUUCUGGCAUGCUUUUUCGCUCCAAUUAGUAUCAUCCCUAUAUAUGUGUACCCACUUGCCCUUUAUGGGUUUAUGGUCUUCUUUCUUAUCAACCCCACCAAAACUUUCUACUAUAAAUCCAGAUUUUGGCUGCUUAAACUUCUGUUUCGAGUAUUUACAGCUCCCUUCCAUAAGGUAGGCUUUGCUGAUUUCUGGCUGGCCGAUCAGCUGAACAGCCUGUCAGUGAUACUCAUGGACCUGGAAUAUAUGAUCUGCUUCUACAGUUUUGAGCUCAAGUGGGAUGAGAGUAAGGGCCUGUUGCCAAAUGAUCUACAAGAACCAGAAUUUUGCCACAGAUACACAUAUGGUGUGCGAGCCAUUGUUCAGUGCAUUCCUGCUUGGCUUCGCUUCAUCCAGUGCCUGCGCCGGUACCGUGACACAAAAAGGGCCUUUCCUCAUUUAGUAAAUGCUGGCAAAUAUUCCACCACUUUCUUCACCGUGACCUUUGCAGCCCUGUACAGUACUCACAAAGAACGACGGCACUCAGACACUGAGGUGUUCUUUUACCUGUGGGUUGUCUUCUGUGUCAUCAGCUCCUGCUAUACCCUCAUUUGGGAUCUCAAGAUGGACUGGGGUCUCUUUGAUAAGAACGCAGGAGAAAACACUUUUCUCCGGGAAGAAAUUGUAUACCCUCAAAAGGCCUAUUACUACUGUGCCAUCAUAGAAGAUGUGAUACUGCGCUUUGCUUGGACUAUCCAAAUCUCUAUUACUGCUACGACUUUUCAGCCUCAUGUUGGGGACAUCAUUGCUACUGUCUUUGCCCCCCUUGAGGUUUUCCGGCGAUUUGUAUGGAACUUCUUCCGCCUGGAGAACGAGCAUCUAAAUAACUGUGGUGAAUUUCGUGCCGUGCGGGACAUCUCUGUGGCCCCCCUGAAUGCAGAUGAUCAGACACUCCUUGAGCAGAUGAUGGACCAGGAAGAUGGGGUGCGAAACCGCCAGAAGAAUCGGUCAUGGAAGUACAACCAGAGCAUAUCCCUGCGCCGGCCUCGUCUCGCAUCCCAAUCCAAGACUCGAGACACUAAGGUAUUGAUAGAAGAUACAGACGACGAAGCUAACACUUGAAUUCUCUGAAGUCUCGAUUAACAUCCUUGGUUUCCUACUCUACAAUUCUUCCCUUGACCAACGCAACCUCCAGCACCUUUUUCCAGCUGAGAACAGGAGAAAACAGAACACGUUCCCGGGCUCUUCAGAUCGGGUCCUAUGGACUCGAGCAAGCUCACUGUGUUUCUUUUCUUUUCUUUUCUUCUGGUUUAAUCUUCAUUUUCUAUUUUUAAAACAAAAACUUCAUUUUGCCAAUCAGAGGAUGUUUUAAGGAACAAAAACCUAAUAUCUUACGGAUUGUUUACAAUCACAAAGACACAGAUGCCCAUCAGGAUGAAGAACAGGCAUUGGAAGAAGGCCUCUGAUGGACGGCAAUGGACAUAACUCAGCUUCCGCCUAGCCCGGUUUUGACUGUUUGAAACCGGACACUGGUUUUUAAAUUUUCUGUCAGUUUCUGUGGAGAGCUUUUUCCCUUCCUUCCUAGCCAGCAUAGAGCCACUGGCAGCACUUGCAGGGAAAGUGCAGCUUGGAGCAGCACCCUCCUCCACGAAGCUACUUUUUAAUUUGAUGUGGGUUUUCUCAUUUGGGGAGGGCUUUGGGUGGGCGGGGAAUAUGAUGUAUUUGUUACAUAUGGUCUUCUCAUUAUUUAUGAAACUUAACCAUAAAUGAAUGAUACUCCUCCUAUGAAGGGAGGCAGGAGGAACUAAGGGUAGAUGGUAUUUGGGAAGGUCAAGCCCGCAUACCUUUUCCAGGAAACAGUUUGUACCAGUUUGUACUUUUCCUCUUUCGUUUUAACUUUAAGCCAAAGUUUUAUUGCUAAAUUUUAAGUUGCUGCUCUAGAGUUCCAAGUGUCACUGUCAUGACCUGGCAUCCACUUGCUUCCCACUGGUAGACAUUCAGAGCGAAGGUUCUGAUACUUGUGUCUUUAGGGACAGGUGCAUGACUCGCUCAUUUACCAGUCCCAACAAUGAAGUUCUGCCAUCUGCUUCUGCAUGGAGGAGAAGUGAGUCCGAGUUCUCCUGACUGACUGGAAAGGCAGGCCUAAUUUCAAACUCUUCACACCCUUAUUAAAUAUUUCCCCUUCUGAUCUCAUCUACCUUACCCAGAAUUUGAUCAAACUAAAAGUCUUUGGUGGGGACUGUACUUUUGAGCAUGUAGAACAAAUCCUUCCUCCUUCAACUUACCUUGGCAGCCAUUUUUAAGGCCAGCAGUAUUAAAAAGUGAGUGUUGGAUUUUAUGACCCCCCAUGAUAGAAACCUUUUAAAUUUGGGGCCUCUAAACCUGGCCAUACUUUUAAAACUAUAUUUCUUAGAAAUUUCAGGCUAUAAAUAUACAUUUUUAUUUCUUUAUCUCAUCCCAUCUUCCUAAAUUCUCUAGAGAAACCUAAAAACAUACAUUUGACUUUCUUGAAAUGGUUGGUAUCAAAUUUACUAUUCUUCAGAACUAGGGGUAUAGAUCAUUGGUAGCAGUAAUUGCCUAGCAUUCUUGAGACCUUGGGUUUUCUCUCAGCAUGGGUGGGGAGGAAAACCACUCUUUAAUAAAAUUAAUAUAAAUACUAGGAAAAGGUAAGGUCAACUUUAGUGCCCCCAACCCUGGGAUCUAGGAGAGCCAUCAGAAUUCAUUCACUUGCCCUUUUCACAUUAACUACAGACAGAGAACUAAUGACUAGGAAGAUGGCCAUCGACACUUGCUUUGUUUUAAAAAGUUGGCUGCUGCCCUUUAACCUCCCUUUUGUCGUGAGCCCUGCCUAUGCAUCAUAACAAUCCCUCGUUAAAGUUACUGCACUACUAAAAUUCCACCUAUUAACUCAUCAGCUUCUUUAUAGAAAGGGUUUCUUUCAUUUUUAUUCUGACAGAGUUCCAAUUUCUUCUUUCAGAAUUGAGAUUUUAACACAUACAUUCAUAUCCCCGAAAGUACAUCCAAUGUUGUAGGUUCUCUUGCAUUUUGUUAUGCCAAGCAUGUCCCUCGCCCCAAAACUAAAGAAGAAACAUUUAUUUUUUAAAAAAACAAAUUUUAAAUAAAUUGUAUGCUUUAUAAUAAUCAGUGGUAACAAUUUAGAGACCCUUUGUAAAUUAAAGGUUGCAUUAUUUCUAUUUAGAAUUUUUUUUUUCCUAACCUGGGUUUUUGUACUUUCAAGUAGGUGAUCAAUCUCACUGGUCUCUGAGGUAACAUCAGCAAGUACUAAGACUCUAUAGAAAAGUCCAGUGACCUAUGAUUUCUUGUACAAAUAAAGUCAGUGGUACUGUGUAUCCAGAGCCAUAUGAAUUGGCGGCUUCUUUCUCUGGUAGUCAGUCUGUGUGUGACAUGCAGAAACUCACACAGUUGACUUCCACCAUUCCAACUCCUUGAUGCUUUCACAUCAGUUAAUAUGUGGUCAACUUGGUCUUUCUUCCCCUGUUAGGAUCCAGGCCCUAAUCAGUAUUAUUUCUUUCAUAAAUAAUGCAGUGAUAGAGUGUAUUCAUUUUUGGUGUUUGUCCUGUUGCCUACUCGAAGUAAGGCUAACAUGUUCUCCAGCUACCACGGCAGAUGCCCAGUACUUGCUUACAUGCUGCAGCUUCAUCUCCCUUGGGAAAGCAAGCAUGCACUUCAGUUUUUCCUUUCAAAAAGGCAAUGUGCAUUUUUCUCACCUUGAUUUCAUCUGCCCUGAGCACUGUGAACAGUGUGUCCUGUACCCUGAAACUCCUGAUGAAAAUCUUAGAAGUGAAUCCAUACCACAGUCAUGUUACAGACUAGUCCUUAAUUUUAGUUUUAUUUGAAAAAGACUCCAUUUUUAGUAGUGCUUAAAAUACUCCCAAAAGGAACAAAAUCGAGAAUAAAGUCUGUUUUUCAUUUUAUACUAUGUAGAAAGCAAAGGAGUACAAAGAGCUAUUAGCAGUUUGUUCUUAACAAGUGAAUACCUAUAGCAGAAGCUGCCAAUAAGCCUCUGCUGUCAAGCAGAGGCUUGACAAUGGAUCAUUGAUAAUGUCCUCUCAUACAGAGACAAAGGCGUGAUCAGAGAUGAAGUCAUCCGAUAAUUUGGUGUGACAGUCACGUGUGUCAUGUUGGCUUUUUGUCUCCAGCACCCUAUUAUUAGAAGACUGCUUAGGUUCGGGGACACAGUGUGAAAGAAUGCCAGUAACUCAGCAAGAACCUGGACGAACUCUUAGAGGAGGCCCCACUUCUAGAGCCAUGACUCCCAGCAUUCUGAAUGAGAGCGCUGCUGUUUCAGUGGCGUUAGUUCACAGGUGGUGUCUUCCCAACAUGGCUCCCUAGUUUCCAAAUAGAUGGACCUAGCGCAAGGCAAGAGUGGAACUGAGCCGCACAGAAACAUGUUAGCACUGAGUUGGAGAUGACAGAGAAGACUUGGGCCUUGGCAGCAGGAACAGGGCACUAGGUAAAUCACAUGACCUUUCUGUCCCUCUACGCCUCCAUUUCCUGUCACUGCAUCAUUUAAGAAUAGUUUUUUAUACCUAAAUUCAAUUUUCCAUGCAGUAACUACAGAGAUUUCUUAUUCUAAGGAAAAAAUUUAGAAAUAACACUGUCUGUGACAUUAUAGUAAACCCCUGGGAUUCUCUGAAGUGAUGAUACUAUUUCAUCAAUAUGUUUUAGGUUAUCAUUCUUUUACUAGUUUAAUAAAAUUUGCCUCCCUCUUAAUAGAUACAUCUUACUAUAAACAGUGUGCUCUGGUGUCUAAAAUUAAGGUAACUUCUUAGACUAAAAGUUGAUCAUGUUGAAUCUUGAUCUCCCUCAACUACAGAAACCAUACUUUACUCUAAUAAACCAGUGUCAUUAUUGACCAGGUGAAAAUAGAAAUUCAGAUUGAAUUUUGAAAAUGGUGAUCUGUUUUCUACUUGGUCUAAUUGGUUUUUACUGGUCAUUCACUUCAACAUGGAUUUCUGCGGUUCUGCUAUCAGUCAUGAUAUUAAAUCCUAGAGCUCCCAACAUGCCUAUUUCAAGUUUAUACAGUGUCAGAACAUGUGGUUGUGUGGGACAGAGCUGGUUCUGUUGUAGCAUCCAUUUGUGGCAUGCUGUGUGACAAAUCAGCAUUCUAGCCUGCAUUAACCACACUCUUCAAUGAAUAGUAGCAAAAAGCAUCUCCUUUGAUUUGAAAGAGCUGAAGUCAGACAGUACAAACAUUUGCCUGAUGGAGAAGAGGUGCUGAUGCCUUUCUCACACAAACUUUCAAAGCCGAUACUGAGCUGCCCCCGGAAGCAACUUUCAAAAUGUAUUUUCUUGUGGUGGAUGAGGAAGUGAUGGGGACAAGAUGAGUUUUCCCUGAAGUGGGGAGAAUCCUAUCAAUUUAUAACUGAAUGUGUUUCCUUGUAGCAGACCUUUGGAUUAUUUUAUUAAACCAAUGCCAGCUUCAGUUUUUUUUUGUUUUUGUUUUUGUAUGGUGCCAUCAACCUAGGAGGACAAUCAAAUGACCUAUUGUUUGCCUUGGAUUCGGUGUCUAUUGAUUCUCAUCUUGUAUACCUCUGAACUUAAUUUCUACUUCACGCCUAUCCAUGUGAGCCAUGACGAGUCAGAGGGCAGCUAGCAGCACUGCUGGAUGGCUGUGGACCUGUGAGAAAGGGCAGGGUCCUGCCUCCCUGUUUCAAAUGCUAUUCCUGAAGUUCUUGCCUACACUUCUCCCAACAUCCUUAACAAGACUAGUGUGCUGUGGACAUGGAGAAGGAGUUUUUGUGACAUUGUUAUUGUUUGAACUGUUAAGGUAAAAUUGUAAACCACUCCUGUUUCAUCUGCAAAAAGAACAAAACCCUUGAAGCUUUAUCACAUUGUGAAGACUCUGGGUUAGCACAGGAGCUUGUAUCAGUGAAGAGCAGGACGGAAAUGGGGUGAAACUUGUUAUUUUUCUUUCAAGUCCUCUCUCUACUGUGUUACACACACACACACACACACACACACACACACACACACACUCCUCCACCCUGCCACACCGUGUUGGUCAGAUGAUGCUGUCCUGUAACUCCCUGAGCUAUAGUUGUCAAGAGUAACUAUGGAUUGUGAUUAGUCCUCUGUGGGUGACUCUUGCCCCAUUUGCCCCCUUGCUUUCUUCCCUACUCUCCACUAUGGUGAAUGGAAAAGGUGACGUCAAAGAAUCAAUGCUUGCUUGGACUCACGUCGUAUCUGUGACUAUACUAUUAGCUGUCUCCUUUUUCCUUCUUCUAUGGGUAGAAUUCUUAUGACCUGUGGAGUUCUUUUCUGGAUAAGUAGGUUAAAUGCACAAUGUGGUACUGUUCUAUAGUUUCUAGAUGGUUAAUGUGCUUAUGUGUUUUUAAAAGAAAAUAAGUGAUUGGUUUCAAAA